AUGUCGGACUCUGUAGAUCGAGUCUUUGUUCAUGCCCUCAAUACCGUUAAGAGGAUUCCCCGGACCGGCACCGCGCGACCUCCCGCUGCAGAGCGGUUGGCACUAUAUGGCCUGUAUAAGCAGAGUAUGGAGGGGGACGUGGAGGGUGUAAUGGAUCGACCGAUUGGGAACACGUCGGAGGUGCACGCGGAGUGCGAGAAAUGGGAUGCAUGGUACGCGCAGCGCGACAUGUCGCGCACCGAAGCCAAACGACGAUACAUCUCGACGCUAAUCGACACGAUGCACGAAUACGCCUCCCAAACACCCGAAGCAUGCGAGCUAGUCGCGGAGCUCGAGUUCGUCUGGGACCAGAUUAAGUUCAACGCCUCCUCGUCGUCCGAUUCCAGUCCACUGAAUACAGUCGGCGUCCCGCCGUUAUCGCGCAGUGCAUAUGGGAGUAUUGGGAGUCGAUUGGCGCAGAAGGAAUAUGACCGUCCUGAUAGACGGGAUGAUGGCAGUCGACGGGAUCGGGAUUCGCGGUUACGGGUUCUCAGUCCUGUGAGUCAACCGGAGGAAGAGGCGUAUUACCGGCGGGGAAGGGGGUCUGCAGAGAACAGCGCAGAUGGGGGAAGACAUAAUGAGGAUGAGGAUGAGGAUGAUGAGGAGUUUGAGGAGGCUCGUGAUAGCUUAUACGAAGAACGAGAUCAAGACGACCACGACCACGAUGACCCGGACCAUGCUAGCUCCAACUCCAACUCUAACACACAUACACAUACCGACGUCUCCUCACAUCACCGUCCGAAACAUCGUCGCAAUCCUGCCUCGGGUAUUAGUAUAGACAGCAGUGGGAAUGGACUCCGCCGAGAUUCCCAUUCCCAUUCAGAGCCACCCCCGAAAGACAGUCGCUGGCGCCGCCGUGUCGAGCAGGCCUUGACGAAAAUGACGGCUGAGAUUGCUGCUGUGCGUGAGCAGAUGGAGGCUCGAUCUGUUGCGCAGCGUCGUCGGUCUGGUCUGUUCGCGUGGCUGAAGUGGAUGAUUUGGGUUGCUGUGCGGCAGAUCCUGUUUGAUAUUGCUAUGCUGGGCAUGCUGCUUAUCUGGAUGCGGUUGAGGGGGGAUCGUCGUGUUGAGCAGCGGCUUAAGACAGGUUGGGCGGCUGUCAAGUCGAGACUUGCGAAGUUUAAGCUCUUGAAGAUCGUGGAUAUGCCCAUCUUGCCAUAA